GAAAGGAUGAAGUACUUCUGCUAAAACGCCACGCGAGGGCGCUGUAGGUUAUUCAGCGGCCGACUUUCAUCACCAAGUUGGAAUCAGCGAAGAAGUACAUAGUACUGUAUACGUUUUGAAUUUGAACCACCGUCAUCUUUGGGUUAUCUUCUCAAGCAUUAGCAGGCACACUCGGUUGCCAUGGCAUCUCCGGGGGGACAAGUGUUGUCCACGCGAGGAGGCGCCGGCUCCAGGAGGAUGAAGUGGGCUCUGGAGCUCAGUCUGGGCAACACCAGGUGUCGCAGUGACCGGCAGGCCGGCCAGGGCGAUGUUGUCUACCCCAUCGGCUAUUCGGAAAAGCCCGUCCCCGACACCAGCAUCCAGGAGACAGACAAGAACCUGGUAGAGAAGCGAUGCUGGGACGUAGCGUUGGGACCGCUCAAACAGAUCCCCAUGAACUUGUUCAUCAUGUACAUGUCAGGGAACACUAUCUCCAUCUUCCCCAUCAUGAUGGUGUGCAUGAUGGCUUGGAGGCCCAUCCAGGCGCUCAUGUCUAUGUCAGCAACUUUCAAGCUGUUGGAGAGCUCCAGUCAGCAGUGGCUUCAGGGACUGGUCUACCUGGUGGGGAACCUGCUGGGCUCGGCGUUGGCUAUAUACAAGUGUCAAUCCAUGGGGCUGCUGCCCACGCACUCGUCCGACUGGUUGGCGUUCAUCGAGCCUCCUCAGAGGAUGGAGAUGAUGGGCGGAGGGAUGGUGCUGUGAAGAAGAGGAUGGGAGCCUUCAAUGCAAAUUUUUUUUUUUCUUGUUUUGCAGUUUAGCUCGAACUCGCCAUCCAGAUUGAAAUGGAUUUGAUUGUUGUGAAUGAGUUAACUUAUACCGAUUUGCCCUCUUUAAAUGUUCCUCGAUGGGAAAUGUAUCUUUUUCCCGCCCUUAACCUGCAUCAAUGCCAACUAAAAAGUGACAAAUGUG